AUGGCUCUGCUAUCGAAUCAUCACUGCAACUACCAAAACACACAAUCUGACAUGUUAACACCCGCUUAUCCGAAUUCAAUGAGGAGCUACGAUCCCCUGUAUCCGUCGCCGUAUAAUUCUCCAAACUAUGAGUCUACAAGAAUCGUGUAUCGAGACAACUGCACACACGAGAACGAGCUCACACCGCGAAGAGACAUCGAGACACUAGAUUACACUAAGGACAUGGUAUCGGAAUACACGAAAACUCCAGAAGGAUACGAUCGAGGAUCUUACGGUGCUUUAACUCCUGUCACUCCGCAAAGAUACGAGCCACACUCGAUGGAUCAGACCACAUCGCCGCGAUCGACAUUAUACGAGGAAAGUUCAGUGGACUAUCAGUCACCGUCGUAUUGCUAUGAAACGCCUCCUCAAGAACCGAGAUAUCAACCCCUGGAGAACAGCAAGCCGAUUCUCACCAUCGUCGAACCUCGCGCCAAUUAUUGGGAGCCCAUCAUAUCGACACAAAAGAUGCCGACGACGCCACCAGUAAGUCCGCGAAAAGGCAGACGGAGAUCCCGCGAUGUGCCACCGUCGCCGACAGUGCUAAAGCGUCGACGUCUCGCUGCAAACGCACGUGAACGACGUCGCAUGAACGGCCUGAACGACGCCUUCGACAAGCUACGUGAGGUUGUGCCAAGCCUCGGAACCGAUCACAAACUGAGCAAAUUCGAGACCCUGCAGAUGGCACAGAGCUACAUAGCCGCCUUAUGCGAUCUUCUACAGAGACACGACAGCAAGAGAUAG